CCUGAAAGGAGCGCACCUGGAUCCAACGAGACGGAAGUAGUUUGCAAAGAUUGAGAAACGCUGCACAACUGUAUUCUUUUUGGGCAACAAUUACUCUGGAAUUCCACGUUAUUUCGAAGGUGAUUUUCAUUUAGCGAUAUGCUCGACAAAACUUGAUGGACUUUUAAAUCAAUAAUUUGGAGUCCAUUUCCCAUCCUUUAUGCAACGUCCCGGUUACCUCCUCUGGUGGUGCAACUGACUGGUAGGUGAAGUACUGUCUCAAAGCUAUCUACCCCACAUAUCUCCAGAAGAAUGAGUGGUCUCCGCAGAGUUCUCAGAAGGCGAUUACACCCCUUAAAACUGGUGAUAGUGGCCCUUAUUUUUGUCACAUUUCUCUUCCUAAUACAACGUGAAGUAGUAACCCAAAGUCCCUCCCUAGAAGAGCCCUGGCUGAAGGAGAUGGCUGUCAAACGGGAUGCCAUGCUGGGCAUGGUGAUGGGUGCUGUCAAUAACUUUAGGGACGCUAUGCCAAAAAUGCAGAUCAAAGCCCCAGUGCGUCAGCAUGACAAUGCAGGGGACUUCUCCUGUUUGCCAGGGACCUACACGGCUGCUGAGCUGAGGCCAGCCCUGGAGCGUCCACCUCAGGACCCCAACAGCCCCGGGGCCUCUGGGAAGCCCUUUCACACAGAUAAACUGAGCCCUGCUGAACAGAAGGAGAAGGACCGGGGAGAGGAGAAACACUGUUUUAACCUCUACGCCAGUGACCGCAUUUCUCUCAGCCGUGACCUGGGUCCUGAUACCAGACCACCAGAAUGUAUCGAGCAAACGUUCAAGCGCUGUCCCCCUUUGCUGACCACCAGCGUGAUCAUUGUGUUUCACAAUGAAGGCUGGACUACUCUGCUGAGGACGGUGUACAGCGUCCUCCACACCUCCCCUGCCAUCUUCCUCAAGGAGAUCAUCCUGGUGGACGAUGCCAGUGUGGACGACGCCUUGAAAGAGGAUUUGGAUGAAUAUUUGAAGCGGCUGCACAUCGUGCAUGUGGUGCGGCAGCGGGAGAGAAAGGGCCUGAUCACCGCUCGGCUACUGGGAGCCUCUGUAGCCACCGGAGACAUCCUCACCUUCCUCGACGCGCACUGUGAAUGCUUCAGUGGCUGGCUUGAGCCUCUACUGGCCAGGAUAGCAGAGAACUACACUGCAGUAGUGAGUCCUGACAUCACUACCAUUGACCUCAACACUUUUGAGUUUAUGAAGCCCUCGCCGUACGGGCAGAACCACAACCGUGGUAACUUCGACUGGGGCCUGUCCUUCGGCUGGGAGAGUCUACCGGACCACGAGAAACAACGGAGGAAGGAUGAGACCUAUCCUAUUAAGACACCGACGUUUGCUGGGGGACUCUUCUCUAUCUCCAAGGACUACUUCUAUCUCAUCGGAAGCUAUGAUGAACAAAUGGAAAUCUGGGGCGGCGAGAAUAUUGAAAUGUCUUUCAGAGUGUGGCAGUGUGGCGGUCAGCUCGAAAUCAUCCCUUGCUCCAUCGUGGGUCACGUGUUCCGCACCAAGAGCCCCCACACCUUCCCCAAGGGCACCCAGGUGAUCGCGCGCAACCAGGUGCGGCUGGCCGAGGUCUGGAUGGACGACUACAAGGAAAUCUUCUACCGGCGCAACCAGCAAGCCGCCCAGUUGGCCAAAGACAGGGCCUUCGGAGACGUCGGGCGUCGUGUGGACCUCCGGGAGCGGCUGCAGUGCAAGAGCUUCUCCUGGUAUUUGAAAAAUGUGUAUCCAGAGGUCUUCAUGCCUGAUCUCAACCCGCUCCACUUUGGCUCGGUGAAAAAUGUAGGUAAAGACUCGUGUCUGGAUGCAGGGGAGAACAACGAGGGAGGGAAACCGCUGAUCUUGUAUCCAUGCCACGGCCUCGGAGGAAACCAGUAUUUUGAGUACUCGACCCAUCAUGAGAUCCGGCACAACAUUCAGAAGGAGUUGUGUUUGCAUGGGACGGAUGGAGCCGUGAAGCUGGAAGACUGCCAGUAUAAAGGCCGCAAUACGUUUGUAGGAGCUGAACAGAAGUGGGAGUUAAGGGAGAACCAGUUAUUCUACAUCCCAGGAUGGAACCUGUGUCUGAGUGCUCGUCAUGAGCACCCCUCGUUGGUGGCCUGUAACCCUUCAGACAGAUACCAGCUGUGGCUCUACGUCUGACUACAGGACACACAUGGUGGACGAUGUGUGCCUUGGUAUCCUAGGACCAUUAGAACAAGUAGCAAUUGGCGUACAUUUUUGUUAUGUUUUAUCAUCGAAGUUGAAUUUGUAUUUAUUUUUAUACGUAGAAGAACUGCUGCUGGAAAGUUUGCGAUUUGAGGAGAACGUGACCUCGGGAAGGAAGCAUUCAAACUGAUACUAAAGACUGUUUGUUUUACUCCUUUUAAAAAAAUAAUAAUAAUCAUGAUUUGGGUAAAGGAAUUGUUUUUCUUGUCUUACACACCAAAUGCUCUCUGUAGAUUGACGGAGGUAGCUAGGACUGGAAAGACUUUGGAUGGAUACUGAAUGAAGAGAGAUUUCUUUGAAGAAUACGUCUUUUUUUAUACUGUGUACUUCGGCGGGAAAUCAACAUUACAUUUUUAUUUAAUUACCAAGGUUUGUUCUUUAUUGCCCACACUGAAUAAUUUAUUAAUAUAAAUGUGAAAACCAACAAUGGACUGUCAUAAUGCAGUAGUGCACUUGCCUCUUGCACAAACUGAAUAACUUCGAUGUUAUACACCAAAGACUAAUCAAGUUUUUUUUUUUUUUACUAUUAAAGACAUGCUCCAGAACAAUCUAUGAGGAGAAUUACUGUCUUACCUCAAUUAGCUACAAAUCCAUUUUCUGGAAGCGGUGCAGUGCCAUUUUCCUUACAUUUCCCCCAGGUGGGCCAGCCCCCUAGCAAUUUGAGUUCCAGCCAAUGAGGUUCAGCCCCUCGGCGUGAGAAAUUACGUUGGGCACAUAUGUGAUGUAUGCAAUUUUUGGGGAUCAUUUUUGGCUUGUAAGCUCUACUUUCAGAACUACUGGCUUAGAAGUAUACAGGGAAAAUCUAUUUUAAAAUGUGUAUUAUAGGUUAUUCAACAUCUACCACUACUGCCUAUUUUUAUUAUGCGAACUUGUCUAUCAGAUGUGACAGGAAAGCACUAGAUAUGCAUCCUCCAUUACCCCUACUAGAGGGUCUGAUUCCCCUCUCCUCCAGCUGGUUUUCCUCAUAAGCAGAUUGAGAAUGAUGUCUAUGCGUUGCCCAUACAGUGCCUCUCACUUUAUGAACAGCCAAUUCUGAUAAAAUCUCCAAAGUGGCAUUUUGCCGGUAUUUGCAAGAUAAAUACAUUUCUUUUGCUUUUCCAUAUUGCUUGGCUGGGGAGUUCAAAGGUGUUUUAAUCAUGUAUACGGUUAAACUUUUUAUGAGACUUUAUCACAUAGCAUUUUUAAACACAAAUCCAGUCACUGCUGUGGUAUUUGAAAAUGACCUGUUGUGUACAAUCUGGUUGAUUUUCAAGUUUAACUACAACGAAAUAGUAUUUUUUUUCUUUAUUUUCUUUGAAAUCUCUCUUUACAGGAAUUCGCUUGAUUGAUUGGGCCCUGCCUACUUUUUAUCAAAAAUCUAAUAAAGUUUUAAUGUCAGGGUUUUAGGGAAUAAUUUAAGGUUGACACAUCUUAACAUGCAUAGGCGCUUUGGAAUGUAUUUUUCUAUAUUUGACAACACCAUUUUGUAAAAUAAUUUUUUUGAAUUAAAUGAAUGUACAUGUUUUUGUAUCAUGUUCAUGGGGAUUGGAAAAUGUAUAUGUAGGCUUAAAUGGGAUCUGUAGAAAGGGGAAAAAUGUUAACUUGGUUUACAACAUGGAAUGUAUGAUUGUAUUUUUUUUUGAGUCAAGUCUCAGAGCUCCCAGUAUCACACAAAUGUCAGUGUUUCGAUGCAAGGGUGUGGGCUAGUUUAUACGAAUUGAUGGAAGAAUGCUGACUGACAAUGGAAUGUUAGAAUUUAGUUGACUAUUGAAUAUGUCUGGGACUGAGAAACAGAUGGGUCUAUUGCAGUCUGUCGAUAAAUUAGAACCGUGUGCCUUUUAUGUUUGGAUCCUUGAGGUUUUCCAUUUUAGUAAAAGGAACUCUGUAAUGAGUACAAUGACUGAAUACGUCAGGGGUGUUGAACUCGUUCCAUGGAGGGUCUAGUGUCUUUUUUUUUCAAUUAAGCCUGAGAUGGUGAGGUGAGAUCAUUAGUAAUUAGUGACCUUUAUUCACCAAUCAAGUACAAGGGUGUGAAACCUGUGGAUACCAGGCCCUCCUUGGAAUGAGUUUCACACCUAUGCUGUAUGGCAUGAGUACCAUUCUUCACCAUUUCUUAUGUUCAACGGGAGAGGGCGCUGUGCACAAAGGAAUUCAUCCUUGACCCAUCCUUACUGGGUUGUUGGUGUACCCUUUUUCUAAAUAAAAGUUGUUCAAGCUAAACGUAUAAAGAAAAACACAUGGUUUCAUUUUAUUUAAAGGUCAUGU